AUGACCAAGGACACCUCGCCCAUCCCCCUCUACGGCCUCUCCCUCGAGGAGGGCCAGAACAUCAACGUCGGCCCGUACGCGUGGAAGACCGAGGUCGACCUCAGCACGCUCGGCGUCCCGUAUGAGCUCAAAGGCAAAACCUUCGCCCAAAUCCGCGGCGAAUUCGAGAAGGAGACCGGUAACCCGAAAGUCUCCGUCCCGACUCUCAAGACUGAGGACGGCUGGAUCACUGACUCGUGGACCAUUGCCGAAUACAAGUAUGGCACGCCCGAGCGCUCGCUGUUCGCGGGCGGCGAGGCGCUGAACCGCUUCAUCAACACGUGGGUCGACAAGGACCUCUUUGGCGCGCUCGUCCCCCUCUUCGCGCCGUGGCUGUACCAGGCUCAGAAUGCCGAGUCGUCCGCUUGGUUCCUGAAGCAGAAGCUCGGAGGCGAUAAGUCCAAGAUUGACGCUCUGAUCGCCGCCUCCAAGGACGACGCGUGGGUUGAUCAGACCGCUGCCGCCGCCCGUGGCACCCUCGGCACGCUCGAGAAGCACCUCGCCGCGCUCAAGGCUGCCGGAAAGGGCCCCUUCAUCGCCGGCACCGACUACCCGACCCAUGCCGACUCGGACGUGUUUGGAUGGUAUGGCGCGUCGGCGGCCGUCCGCCCUUAUGACCUGCUGGCCAAGGUGUGGCACCACGAGGACCUGCCGCUUGUCUCGGAGUGGGCCAAGAAGGUCGUCGAGGUCAGCGGGGUUAACGCGCCCAAGUACCCGUACUAA